AUACAUAUUGUUUUGUUUAGGAAUAUUCCCAUUGGUUUGCCUAAUCUACCUCAACUACAACAUUUACAUUUCCAUGCGCAAACUCAAAGACAGCCUUUUAAAUAGAAGAAAUCUAGGAACAGAAAGAGAGGCGGCAAAAAGACGAAGAAUUCAACAGAAUAAGGACUGUAAUCUAGCCGUGGUUCUUAUAUUCACAAUCUUCAUGUUUCUCCUCUGUAACACACCAAGGGUGAUGUCUAGCCUGAUAGAAGCGUAUACUAUCAAGGCUGAACUGGCUUGUCAGCAGAAACAAAAGAUCUACAGAGGGAUCUGGUAUCUAUAUACCCAGCUAGUGGUUCAGUUCUUGAUGCUUAUUAACAGUUCUAUGAAUCUACCGAUAUAUCUGGGACUAAGUACUCACUUUCGAACAACUCUAAUCCAAAGCUUCUGCAGGCAGGGUUCAACUCCAGGACGAGGUGGGGGUUCUCCAUGUACUGUUCAAACAGCUGCUGUUCAUGACAGGAGUCCAGGAAACAAGCUGGUUCUCCUGAAUCAGGAAUCUUGUGUAAAAUCCUCCCAGAUCAACAUACUCCACCAAGAGACUAUAGAACUCUCUACUGUGGCCUCAGUUAGGUUACAAGAUAACCCCACACCCUGAUUUUCACUCAGCUUGUUCAUGGUGGGGUCCCACGGAUCAUGACGGUUAUUAACAACUUCCAAUCACGAAGAGUUAAGAUGUCUCCGAAGAAUGAAAAGAAAUUGAAAUAUUGAAACAUGGAGUAGACAGUUCAUCGAUUUAAUCCUCGCACAAUGAAUUCAAGAGAGUUUCCUUUCUUGCAUUUACUUUAAACCCCUCUCCUAGAGGAACUAAACCCAUGUAUUCCAGAGGAACUAAACCCUGUAUCCUAGAGGAACUAAACCCUGUGUCCUAGGGGACCUAAACCCUGUGUCCUAGAGGAACUAAACCCAUGUAUUCCAGAGGAACUAAACCCAUGUAUCCUAGAGGAACUAAACCCUUGUAUCCUAGAGGAACUAAACCCAUUUAUCCUAGAGAAACUAAACCCAUUUAUCCUAGAGAAACUAAACCCUUGUAUCCUAGAGGAACUAAACCCUUGCAUCCUAGAGGAACUAAACCCUUAUAUCCUAGAGGAACAAAACCCUUGUAUCCUAAAGGAACUAAACACUUGUAGCCUAGAGGAACUAAGCCCAUGUAUCCUAGAGAAACUAAACCCUUGUAUCCUAGAGGAACUAAACAUAUCUUAUCCUAGAGAAUCUAAACCAUUGUAUCCCGUAGGAGCUAAACCCUGUAUCCUGGAGAAACUAAACCCAUAUCCUAGAGGAACUAAACCCUGUAUCCCAGAGGAACCAAAACCUUUUUAUCAAAAAGGAACUGAACCCAUGUAUCCUGAGGAACUAAACCCAUGUAUCUUGAGAAACUACACCCAUGUUUCCUAGAGGAACUAACCCCUUGUAUCCUAGAGGAACUAAACUUUUGUAUCCUAGAGGAACUAACCCCUUGUAUCCUAGAGGAACUAAGCCGUUGUAUCCAAGAGAAACUAAACUGUUGUAUCCUAGAGGAACUAAACACUUGUACCCUAGAGCAACUAAACCCUUGUAUCCUAGAGGAACUAAACCCGUGUAUCCUAGAGGAACUAAACCCUUUUAUCCUAGAGGAACUAAACUUUGUAUCCUAGAGGAACGAAACCCUUGUAUCCUAGAGGAACUAAAUCUUGUAUCCUAGAGGAACUAAACCUUGUAUCCUAAAGGAACUAAACCCUGUAUCCUAGAGAAACUAAACCUUUGUAUCCUAGAGGAACUAAACCCUUGUAUCCUAGAGGAACUAAACCUUGUAUCCUAGAGGAACUAAACCCUUGUAUCCUAGAGGAACAAAACCUUGUAUCCUAGAUGAACUAAACCCUUUUAUCCAAGAUGAAAUGUCUAAUUUUAAAUUUUCUACAUAAAAGGAUUUUCCAAACUUUGAAGGAAAAUUAGUGACCUUUGAUACUAUAAUCUCAGAGAUGAAAAGAGAUUCAGUACUUUUCAUUGAAUCAGAGAGGUUCAAACUUUUGGUGGAAACUAAGUUAAACUUCAGAAACCUUUUUUUAUUGACGGAGUUUCCUGAGGCCGAAUUUUAAGAAUUUGAGCCCCAGCUUAAAUUUAAGCCG